CAGCGCCUGGAGGCCGGAAGACCUCGCGAGCACGCGCGCGCCUUUGCUUUUCCGGGCGCCCGCGAGGUUCUCGGAUCCCGAGCCCGGGGGCGGGCUCGCGCUGGCGCUCGCUCCCGGGGUCCCGGUCCGGAGAGCUGGGCGGCGGUGGCUGCGCGCGCGUGCUGGCCUGCCGCGUCCCCGCCCCUAGACGCGCCGGGCUCUCGGGCCACGGCAGCCAUGUGCUCCUUAGCGUCGGGCGCUAUCGGCGGCCGGAGCGCUGUGGAGGAUGAGGAGGACAUGCCAGAACUGUCGGACAGCGGUGACGAGGCCGCCUGGGAGGAUGAGGACGAUGCUGAUAGUCCCCACGACAAGCCGCAGACCCCCUGCCUGUUCUGUAACAGGUUAUUCACAUCUGCUGAAGAAACAUUUUCACACUGUAAGUCUGAGCAUCAAUUUAAUAUUGAUAACAUGGUUCAUAAACAUGGACUUGAGUUUUAUGGGUACAUUAAGCUAAUAAAUUUCAUUAGACUUAAGAAUCCUACAGUUGAGUAUAUGAAUUCCAUAUACAACCCUGUGCCUUGGGAGAAAGAAGAGUAUUUGAAACCAGUAUUAGAAGAUGACCUUUUACUUCAGUUUGAUGUAGAAGAUCUUUAUGAACCAGCAUCAAUUCCAUUUUCAUACCCCAAUGGACUCAGUGAAAAUACAUCUGUUGUUGAAAAAUUGAAACAUACAGAAGCCAGGGCACUGUCUGCUGAAGCUGCAUUAGCUAGAGCACGUGAGGAUCUUCAAAGAAUGAAACAAUUUGCUCAAGAUUUUGUGAUGAACGCAGAUGUCAGAACCUGCUCGUCAUCCACGAGUGCCAUUGCAGACCUCCAGGAGGAUGAGGAUGGUGUUUAUUUCGGCUCAUACGGGCAUUAUGGUAUACAUGAAGAAAUGCUAAAGGACAAAGUACGAACAGAAAGCUACCGAGAUUUUAUAUACCAAAAUCCACAUAUUUUUAAAGAUAAGGUAGUUCUGGAUGUUGGGUGUGGAACUGGAAUCCUCUCUAUGUUUGCUGCUAAAGCUGGAGCAAAGAAGGUUCUUGGAGUUGAUCAAUCCGAAAUACUUUACCAGGCAAUGGAUAUUGUAAGACUAAAUAAACUUGAAGAGACUAUUAUACUAAUUAAAGGAAAGAUUGAAGAAGUUCGCCUCCCUGUAGAAAAAGUGGAUGUUAUUAUAUCUGAGUGGAUGGGCUAUUUUCUUCUUUUUGAGUCUAUGUUAGAUUCUGUCCUUUAUGCAAAGAACAAAUACUUGGCAAGAGGAGGAUCGGUCUAUCCUGACAUUUGCACUAUCAGCCUUGUAGCAGUGAGUGAUGUGAAUAAACAUGCUGAUAGAAUUACUUUCUGGGAUGAUGUCUAUGGAUUCAACAUGUCCUGCAUGAAGAAAGCAGUUAUUCCAGAAGCUGUUGUAGAAGUUUUGGAUCCAAAGACUAUCAUUUCAGAACCUUGUAGUAUUAAGCAUAUAAAUUGCCUUAAAGCAUCUAUCUCAGAUUUGGAGUUUUCUUCAGAUUUUUCUCUGAAUAUCACAAAGACAUCCAUGUGCACGGCAAUUGCUGGCUACUUUGAUAUAUAUUUUGAGAAGAAUUGCCACAACAGGGUCGUGUUCUCUACGGGCCCUGAAAGUACCCAAACACACUGGAAACAAACAGUAUUUCUUUUGGAGAAGCCAUUUUCAAUUAAAGCAGGUGAAGCCUUGAAAGGGAAGAUCACAGUUCACAAGAAUAAGAAAGACCCACGGUCUCUCAUUGUGACCCUCACGUUGAGAAAUUCAACUCAGACUUACGGUCUCCAGUAAAAAAAGCCAUGAAAGCAAUACUAAUCUGCAGUUUUUAGUGUAGGUAGAAUGGGCCAGUAGGAGGAAGCAAGCUUUAUCUGAGCAGACUGAUGAUGAAUCCUUUCCGAAUGAGUCCUCAGUAUUACGAGAGAGGCAUGGUGGAUAUCUAAUGUCCACCUGGGGAAGGGAACCACCUGGUCCCACUGGCCUGCCCACACACCAUAUUCCUAGACGUCUGCUCAGACUGCUUUAACCAAAUGUAACCCUGAUAGUCAGCUUAGCUAUACUGAAAAGAAUUUAAAUGGUCCUCUAUUUGAAACAGAUUGUCUUUUGUUUUUAAUAAGUUUCUUACUAUAAAUUUUAAAUACAGUAAUUUAUUGGGUAUUUGGUUAAUGUUUUAUUAAACUAGUAAUACAAAGUAGUAUACAUUUUAUCACAGAUUUCUAUCUAAAGAGAAGUAUUUUAUUAUUUGCUAGAGUAUCAGGAUGUAAUAGAUUAAAGAGCAGGUGUAAGAGACUAAAAUACGGAAGAGAGCAUCAGCCUUGUCAUAGAAAUCAUGUGUGAGGACAGCGUAGGGGACCAUCCUGUCUUGCUUUCUUACAGUUCCAAGUUUGUAGUUUCUUCCCUCUUUGCGAUUAUUUUUUAGCCAUAGAGAUUUCUAGUAUUGCCCAGGAAAUCUAAUUUCAAUACCUUUAUCCUUUUGUUUUGUAAAAAGUUUUUAAAGAUUGGGAUAAAUAUGUACUAUUGCUUUUUUCAAACUAGAUUUAUGUGCAAAGGUUAAACGUAACUGUUAAUAUACUUAUCACUGUAAAGUUGUGUCAUUUAUAAUUACUACUUCAAUUUGAAAUGAAAUAUGCAAUAAAAUGUAUCAAACAA